CCCAAAGGCUUUCCCGCAGGGAGCCAGCAAGGGGAAGCCGGACGGGCACGGGCAGAAGCUGCCUUAAAGCUGCCGUGAAGGGGCGGCUGGAGAGGAGCUCAGCGACACCCGAGCGCUACAAAGCCACCCUCGGAAGGCCGGAUUUGCAUAGGCGCUGGCUCCCGCAGCGAGGAGGGGAAAUGCCGUGCGAGAAAGGCGGACAUAGGCACAGACCUUGGGAAAGCCUCCCGCCCUCGGCAGCCGCUAUAAAACCCCUCCCUGCAGCACUCGCUUCCCUCCCGUGCCUCAGUGCCCCGGGGUGGGGCAUCCCCGGCGGCGGGGCACCCACCGGGGGUGGCCUUGGCACAGCCCCGGUCCUGACCCGGCAGCUCCGCAGCUGCGCUUCUCGCGGCUCCCAUCGCCCGGCUGCAGCUCCCGAGGAGCCAGGAAGGACCCCCGAGAUCCAGAAAGGACCCCCGAAAUCCAGAAAGGGCCACCGAGAGCCAAAAAGAACCCCCGAGAUUCAGAAAGGACCCCCGAGAUUCAGAAAGGACCCCCGAGAGCCGCCUCUGCUCCCGCCCCGCAUCCCUGCGGCUUUCUCAGGGGUGAAGAUGAGUGCUGAAGAGAUUCUGAUGUGUGCAGUAGAACUUGGAAAAAAUUUCUGCCUCUAUUUUGACGACGACGAUGAGCUGGAGUGUGAUGCCCUCUGCAAGGAAAAGACCCUGCACCGAGUGCUGAGGAAUGUGAAGAGCCAGCUGCUCGUGGUGCGCCCAGACCUGAACGUGGCAGCCUUUGAGGAUGUGACAGACCAGGAGAUGCAAUCUGGCAAAGGGAUGCAUUUCAGCAUUCACUGCUACAAAACCACCACACCCUUAGCAGGGAUGCCUGUGGCCUUCAGUGUCCAAGUGGAAGACAAAAGUUAUUACAUGUGUUGUGAGAGGGAAUGUGGAGAAAUGAUCGUUAGAUUCAAGGAAGGAGAAGUUCCCAAAGAAAUUCCUGGUGAAAGCAACAUCAUCUUUUUCAAAAAGACAUUUACAUCUUGCUGCUCCAAAGCAUUUAAGUUUGAAUACUCAAUGGAACGAGGAAUGUUCUUGGCCUUUGAGGAAGAAGGCUACUUGAGAAAAUUAAUCCUAAAGAAACUGUCAAAAGAUGAAGUGGAUGAAACCAUGAAGAUGAGUUUAUCUAAGUUCAGUCAGAAUGAAAAUCACAACCUAUGAUGGAACACUUCAACAGUUUUAAAAUACAGUUUGUUUUUUUAUAAAA